AUGUGUGAUGAAAUCAGCUACCUGAACACUGCCAUGAUCCUAAAACCACAGCUUGGCUACAAAUGGCAUUCUGAUACUCCCCGGUCAGCCAAACGUGUUAGAUGGAAGAAUGGCUGGAGUUCCUCCGGGAGUGAUUACACUGACCGGGAGGAUUCCCGCCUGUCCUCAGGAGAUGAAGUCAGUUUAGGAUCUAAUAGACUCUCACCAGAAAGACGUAGUCCUAGAGGACACUUUGAGAGACGUGUUAGAUGGAAGGAUGGCUGGAGUUCCUCCAGGAGUGAUUACACUGACCAGGAGGAUUCCCGCCUGUCCUCAGGAGAUGAAGUCAUUUUAGGAUCUAAUAGACUCUCAACAGAAAGACGUAGUCCUAGAGGACACUUUGAGAGACGAACCACAAAGCACCUCCAGGAUAGGUGUAUUAUACUAUUAUCUCUCAUUGUUCACCCUUUGGUUUCAAACAGUGUGGAGCAAACAAGCAAAAUACUGCUAUCUCUCACUCCUUCUGAGGUUGCUGUUCUUGGAGAAGGAAUAAAUUUCUUAAGAAACAAACAAGAUGGAAAGAAUUAUAUUGUGUACAAGGAUAAUGGUAUUCUACGAGCCUGUAAGAAUUUGUGUAAGCACCAAGGAGGAUUGUUCAUUAAGGAUAUUGAAGACAUAACAGGAAGAGGUGUGCGUUGCACCAAGCAUAACUGGAAACUGGAUGUGAGCUCAAUGAAAUAUGUGAAUCCUCCAGAUAGCUUCUGUCAAGAUGAAUUAGUUGUUGAAACAGAUAUAAACAAUGGACUUGUGCUAAUUGAAUUACAUCCCCCAAAUCCAUGGGAUACAGAUCCUAGAAAGCCUGAAGAUCUGGCAUUUGGAGAGGUCCAGGUAACAUAUGUAACUCAUGCAUGUAUGGACAUCCAGCUAGGAGACAUAAGAAUGAUGUUUGAUCCAUGGCUAAUCGGUCCUGCUUUUGCACGUGGCUGGUGGUUACUUCAUGAACCACCCAGUGACUGGUUUGAAAGGCUUUGUCGUGCAGAUCUAAUCUACAUCAGUCACAUGCAUUCUGAUCACCUCAGUUACCCUACGUUGAAGAAACUUGCAGAGCAAAGGCCAGAUGUGCCCAUUUAUGUUGGAAAGACAGAAAGGCCUGUAUUCUGGUACCUUGACCAGAGUGGUGUAAAGCUGACCAAUAUUAACAUUGUUCCAUUUGGAGUCUGGCAACAAGUGAACAAGAAUCUUAGGUUUAUGAUAUUGAUGGAUGGCGUUCAUCCUGAAAUGGACACUUGUAUCAUUGUUGAAUACAAAGGGCAUAAAAUCCUAAAUACAGUGGACUGCACCCGGCCCAAUGGCGGAAAGCUUCCAGAGAACGUUGACCUCAUGAUGAGUGAUUUUGCAGGUGGAGCAUCAGGAUUCCCAAUGACUUUCAGUGGAGGAAAAUUUACAGAGGAAUGGAAAGCCCAGUUUAUUAAAACUGAAAGGAAGAAGUUGUUGAAUUACAAGGCCCAGCUGGUUAAUGACUUCAAGCCAAAAAUCUAUUGUCCUUUUGCUGGAUAUUUUGUUGAAGCCCAUCCAUCUGACAGUUAUAUCAAAGAAACAAACCUGAAAAAUGAUCCCACUGAGUUGAAUAAUUUAAUUAAGAAAAAAUCUAAUGGAGUUUCAACAUGGACACCAAAACCUGGAGCUGUACUGGAUUUAGGAAGAAUGAUCAAUGACCCAACAGACAGUUUGGGAAUUGUAGAUCCUCCAGCAGGGACAAAAAUUUUCAAAGACUCAUGGGACUUCAAACCAUAUAUAGAAGCUCUUGCUGCUGCAGUUGAUGAUGAGAUAUUUCUCUCUCCUUCCUGGGUGAAAGAGUACUAUAGCUGGGCUGGGUUUAAAAACUAUGACCUUGUGAUAAGGGUAAUUGAAACUGAUGAUGAUUUCAAUCCUUUGCCUGGGGGGUACAAUUAUUUGGUGGAUUUUUUGAAUUUAACAUUCCCAGCAGAAAGACCAUCCCGUGACCAUCCAUAUGAGGAAAUACGGGCCCGAAUGAGCGUAAUGAGGCAUAUAGUAAAGUAUGGACUACUCUGGGAUGAUCUGUAUAUAGGAUUCCAAACUUAUCUACAACGUGACCCUGAUGUCUAUCAUCACCAGUUUUGGAAUCAUUUCCAAAUUAAGCUUCCUCUGGUACCACCUGACUGGAAAUCGUUCUUGGCACAAGCAAAAUGUUAA